GCGCCGGGGUGCGUGGGUUUCCGAAGUUCAAGUUCCCGAGUUGUCUACUAGUAGAUGAGCAGACCACGGCCGCGGCGCAGGGAGUUGUGCGGCGCGACAGCAACACUUAUAAGAACCCCCUGCGAAACGACGACAUCGAGGGCGCCAGUCCGCGGCCCUGGAGCAGUGACGUGUUGCGGAACAAAGCACGGUAUUGGGAUCAUGUCAGAAAAAACCGCCCGCAAACCGCUUUCACGGUCCGAGAAAAUGGUGGGGGUGAGGAGCAGGAGGAGAAAAUUGUUGUUGGAAAAAAGAAAAAAGACGAACAGGGAAAAAUAUUAGCCUCGACAGAACAAGAACCUCCUACCUCGCGACAAAGACCGGCGACUGCGGACGGGCGCGUGGUGGUUACAAGCAGAAAUAGAACUUCUACGCAUGUGGAUGAAACAGGAGGCGGAGAUCAUGUUGAAGCCCGAGGACGUCGAGAAGAACAACAAAUAACAGCAAAAGAAACGAAGGACAGCAGCUGCCAGACCAUUCUGCUUGCGGAACAGUUGAAACCGAAGGUCGCGUUAGUGUCUUCCAUCAUCAUGGGCAAUAAAAACGUUCAACACAACUACAACACAAAUCAGGACAACGACGACGCAACAAGUGGCGCAACACCAUUCUCCGUUCCCUUUCCCCCGCCCGCCGGCGAAAGGCCUUCGCGUCGUCCGGGGACUGCGUGCGCGGCCUACGGCGGGAAUAGUUCAAGACAGGUCAGGUUGAGUCGGAUGUUCGACGUGGACAGCAAUCCGAUUAUUUGUCCGGGUAGUAGUCCCGGUAGUGGUUCAGGCGGUAUUAAUAUCGGUGAGAAUUAUAGGAACCAGGAUGAGCGAGAUCGUCCAAGAGGCAACAUAUUACAGCAGCAGCGGCCGCAAACCGCGGACGGUGCUUGUUAUACUAACCGCAAGAGGACGCAGCAGGUUUUGCACAACGUGUACAACAUUGCGAAGCCGCCUGUGAUGAGGGAAGCAGGCGAGUCAAUAAACUACGGUGGAAUGGUCUCUCCUUUUUCAUCCACUGCGCAUACGGAGAGUCGGCCCGUGCAGCAGCCAGUGCAGCGUGAUGUUGGAUUUUUACAAGCCGCUCAUCAACUAGAACCUGUGCUCGGGGAGCGACGUGGAGAAGAAAAAGAAGAAGAAGAACCAGCGGUAAUAAAUGUGAUCCCAGGCGGAGGCCAACAACACGAACUCGCGGAAGUGACGUUUUUCGACAACGUCUCCUCAACCACCGCAACUGCUGUACGUGUGUCGAAGUCUCGCAUUUACCCGGCGAAGAUUUACGGAGAGAGGGUCAUGGAGAAAAGAAUCGCGGAAAGAGCAAACAGCAACACAGACGGGCGGGUUUGUAGUCCUUCUCACGCAGCAGAAGUACGAAAAGAGCGGACCACAGGGGAGCAGAACUACGACGCGCAUCAUGAGGUAGAAGAUCAGGUUGAGCAGUCAGCGACUGCCGGAGUUGUAGUUCCAGUCCACACGACCGCGCAAGCGCUCCUGGCACCAGAAACAGGAGAACCUGAACCACCCGGCGUGCCUCCACUGUUGAUCCAGGAAAAGCUGCAACCCGCAAGGUUAAUCCCGCGAAUUCCCUUUCCAAAGCCGGUUGUAGACAGCACCACUGCGUGCCGACACAACCUGAUGAAUUGCAAAUACGAUUUCAAUGCAAGAAUCGCUCCUACUUCGCACAGGAGCAGCAGACCCGGAUCCGCAAAUGAUACCUCCUCCC